CAGCGUCUGCUCAGGUGUGUGCGCUGGAGGACCAUUGCAGAGCUGCGGGAAGAUCUGAGGGGAACACGGUCAUGUCAGACAGCGGGAAUGUUCAGUCGCAGGACGGAGGAGGAUCCCACGGCGAGGAGACGACGAGCCGGGUGACAACACCAAAUGUGGGCAACAGAGUGACCGUGGUGCUCGGAGCUCAGUGGGGCGAUGAAGGGAAAGGGAAGGUGGUGGACCUGCUGGCCCAGGACGCUGACAUAGUCUGCAGAUGUCAGGGUGGCAACAAUGCAGGACACACAGUUGUGGUUGAUUCAGUUGAAUAUGAUUUUCACCUUCUACCCAGUGGGAUUAUCAACCCCAAUGUCACUGCCUUUAUCGGCAAUGGUGUUGUCAUUCAUCUGCCGGGCCUGUUUGAGGAGGCAGAGAAGAAUAUGCGUAAAGGAAAAGGUCUGGAGGGAUGGGAGAAGAGGCUGAUCAUCUCUGACCGGGCACACAUUGUGUUUGAUUUCCAUCAAGCUGUGGAUGGAGUCCAAGAACAGGAGAGACAACAGCAAGCUGGCAAAAAUUUAGGAACAACUAAAAAGGGUAUUGGACCUGUAUACUCUGCAAAAGCUGCUCGCAGUGGCCUGAGGAUAUGUGACCUUCUGGCUGACUUCCAAGAGUUCUCAGAGAGGUUUAGAAACUUGGCCUCACAGUAUAAGUCUAUGUAUCCCUCACUUGAGAUUGAUGUGGAUGGAGAGCUUGAGAAACUCGAGUCAUAUGUAGAUAGGAUAAAGCCCAUGGUGAGAGAUGGAGUCUUUUUUAUGUACGAGGCACUUCAUGGACCUCCCCAAAAAAUUCUGGUGGAGGGUGCCAAUGCUGCCCUUUUAGACAUCGAUUUCGGAACGUAUCCUUUCGUAACCUCCUCAAACUGCACGGUCGGAGGGGUGUGUACGGGUCUGGGCAUGCCGCCCUGGAACGUUGGUGAGGUCUAUGGCGUUGUCAAGGCCUAUACCACAAGAGUCGGGAUCGGUGCUUUCCCAACGGAACAGAGCAAUGAUGUUGGAGAGCUCUUGCAGACCAGAGGCAAGGAAGUGGGCGUGACCACAGGUCGCAAAAGGAGGUGCGGUUGGUUGGAUCUGGUGCUUGUCAAAUAUGCCCAGAUGAUUAAUGGCUUUACAGCUUUAGCUCUUACCAAACUAGACAUCUUAGACGUGCUUCAAGAGAUCAAAGUUGGUGUGGAAUAUAAAGUAGAUGGUGAACCCAUCCCACAUUUUCCAGCAAACCAAGAGGUUUUACAAAAGGUUGACGUCCAAUAUGAGACUCUGCCCGGCUGGAAUACGGACACAUCUGCUGCCCGGACCUUUGAAGAGCUUCCAGACAAUGCUAGACAUUAUGUUCUCUACAUAGAGAAACGCUUGGGUGUGCCCGUAAAAUGGAUUGGUGUUGGGAAGUCCAGAGAAUCGAUGAUUCAACUCUUUUGAGAUGCUGCUCAACCUGCAUGUAGCACCGGCUGAUCCCUCUGGGUGGUGCUCUGGAUUCAUCAGGAGUCAGGACCUUACAGUAUGCCGGGGACAUGAUGCCUCACACGUCUCUUCUUCCACCUCACUACAGGUUCUCUGUGGCAAGAAGGUUGGAUGCUCCAUCAUUCUGUGUGCUUGAGAUAUCAUCUCGCAUCUCUUUGAAAGCCUAGAUACUUUUUGUUGGCAGCACUGAACUAUUUCUCCUCUAGUAUGGGCAUCUUGAAUUUUUAAGCUGUAUAUGUGCUACAACAGUCAGACAUCAGCAGUGAUGCAUAUUGUUGUUAAACUUAGUUAGAUAUCAGUUUUUCACACAUGUUGAGUAAAAUAAUUACGUAUACAUGUUAUAUAUUUUUCUUUUAUCAUACAAGAAUCAACUGUUUUUCAAUGUGUACUACUGUACCACACUUUGUCCUUGUUUUAAUGGACUGUAUGGUUGAUUUGUUCAUGUAUAAAAGCGGUUUUUAAAAGAGGAUUUGAAUAUUUCUUCUCCAUAAAAAUGAAUAGUUCGGCUUCUGGGAUUUUAAAUGAGAUGUUAAAUGCAAUACGACUUUAAAAUGUAACAUAAUAGUGUUUUCUAUUUCUAAAAAAGCAGUUUAUCAAAUCAUUUUCAGAUUUUAAAUCACUAAAAAUAGUAAUAGGAAUAAACAUUUUCAAGACAUGGAAGCAUGCAAGAUGUUUCCAGGGAGUCAUGUAAUAUUGUGCAUUUAUAUGAAUGUAUGGAUAAAGUUUCUAUUGUUCCCUAAUAACCCACAGCUCAAAUUACUUUGUAAAUGGUGAGAAUCAUUGUUACCAUUUCGUGCAACAAGCAUAUUACAUCAACUUUAAUGAAUAACAUGAGGAAAUAAUGGGAUGUUUGAUUUUCAGAAUGGAUUGUUAAAGUAUAGAUAGACAAAAAUGAAUUAUGAGACAUACGACACACUGUAAACAUCGUUGGUAGCAGCAGUUGAAUGUAAGAACCACCGUUACGUGUUAAUAUUAAAGAAAGCUACUGUAUUGUUCUGAAACCAUCUUAAACAGAUAGUUAAUACAAAAAUGAAAAAUCGUUCAUCUUUUACUCACCCUCAGGUUGUUUCAAACCUGUAUAAAUGUCUUUGUUCCAAUGAACACAGAGAAAGAUAUUUGGAAGAAUGUUAGCAAUUUUCAGUCUAGUACACAUCAUGUACUACCAUAGUAGGAAAAAAAAUUGUUGAACACAUAAUGAGAUAUUUUGAAGAAUAUAGGAAAACAAAGAGUUCUCAGGCACCUUUGACUACCAUUUAAUUCUUCCUACUAUGGUAGUCAAUGAAGUCCCGGAACUGAAAAUGAUUAACAUUCUUCGAAAUAUCUUUCUUUGUGUUUAUAUUUAUAUUUUAUACAGGUAUGAAAUUACAUGAGUGUGAGUAAAUGAUGACAGAAUUUUCAUUUUUGGAUGAACUAGCCCUUUAAAAUCGUUCGUUAUUCCUCACAAACUGUUGUCCCAGUGUUUUAUUUUAGUCACAUUCCCAAUACGGCACUUUCCAAUAAACAAGUAAUAUAGGGAAAAGUGUGCCUUGUCAAUACAGAUAAUGAAACUUGAAUACUUUAUAUUUUAUGAUAUUUAUCAAUUAACCUCAACAUUUGACUUUUAAAGGGCAUUCCUGCAAUUGCCAUUUGCCAAAAGUGUUAGUUUAUCCACAGUGAUGCUGUGUUCAAUGAAUGCUGUGCUGUAAAAAGCUUUUGUAAAUGACCCAGAAUGAUACCUGUUUUAACUGGCAGAAACCGGCUCAGUUUUUGAUUUAUGAUGCUGUGAUGCUUCAAAUUUUCUGUUUCAUUCUUCACAACGAUGAUGUAACCUGUUUAUUUGUUCAGCAACAUCUAUUACACCUCAUUAUCAUGUAUUUCCAUAACACUUCCACUGAAUGAAAUACAUCUAGUAGCUAUUAGAGUACUACAAUAGUCCCGGACAGUUGCAACAUUCAGAUUACAUUUUGGUUCAUAUGAAAGGUAUGAUUGCGCAAAAUAUGAGAUUUCCGUUCUUUAUGGUGUAUUGUGUUGCUGCUGAUUGAGUUUUCAUGUGUGUAUUUAUACCGAAUACAAAGCCAUAUUUCCUGGAUCUUAUUGUUACUGUAUACGGUGGUGUUUAGGGGUGGGUUUGCAUGUUGAUUUAUGGGAGGACGUCAGUCACUUUGUAAUUAAAAAACACUUUCGGAUGAAUGUCAGACACCUGUCAUGAGACUCAAGUUAAUAAAUUAACAUGGUGUGGAAUAUUUUCACUUUUUGUCUUUGUUCAGUUAUUAGUGAUAUUAAAUUUUAAUCAUGUCAUGUCGAAAAAAGAAGCAUCAUG